AUGUUCGAGAUAUUCCACAUUCCGGCGCUGGAGUUCGUGCCCGAUGCGUUAUUGCUUGCGCAGGCCGCAAAUCGUACGACCGCGGUCGCCGUCAACUUUGAGACUUCGUCGCCCUAUCCUGUCGCUGUGGUCGACGGGGUGGUUGCGGGAUCUUCGACCUCGGUGCCAUCCUCUUUGACGAGAGCUACUCAUGAUGUGCUCGUCAAUGGUGCUUUUGAUCCGGGUGUUAAGCAAGUCUUGCUUGGCAAUAUCGUCGUGCCCGAAAACAUGAGGCACCCGGAAGAGUCGGUUGGUCUAAGGCAGCAUAUGACUGCCGGUAUGAGCAGGGAUGUGGCUGAAGGAGUUAGGUUCGUCGAGCCUGAGACUGGCGAAAUCUCCGUCUGGAGAGGCGCGGGCCUCAUGGCUGCUAUCUGUAGCGGCGAGAACCGUUGUGUGGUGAAGGCGGACUUCCAAGAUAAGUUGCGCACGCAUGAUACGGAAGUUGUGUCUCAGAUCUUUUCUGAGAAGGGCUAUACACUAUACAGUGCUAGGUAG